CGCGAGCUGAACGUUCGCCAUAUCGUCGGGACUUGUCGAGAGUGCUGGCUGGUGAAUUACGGCGCGAUACGUUGCUGCGCUCGGCGAGAUCGAGCUCGCGUAGGCGCCGUUCCGUCGAGCUGACGUUCGUCGAACCUCCGGACGACCCGUUCGAGCCGUGGGGCUCGCGACACCCCGUCGCACCACGGAAACUAUUGUACGAAUCGAGAUAUAACAUGGAGCUGGCUAAGGAAAAAGCGAAAGCUAGUACGCAGGCCGCUGUUGCUGAUAAAAGUAAAGCAACAAAGGAGCCAGAAGUAACGGACGCGGAGAAGAAGAAACACGAGGAACGCAAGAGCGUCUCCACCGGCAAGCCAAAGAAGACAGUCGCGAAGAUCAAGAUGAAGAAAGCUCGGAACGUGGGCGAGACGAGUUACGAUCCCACAAAACUGGAGGACAGUCCGGCCCAGGUGCUGGAACGUUUCAAGAGAGGCUGCGAAUGCGUCGACGAUCAGUGCUUCAAGGACCUAAAUCCCGAGGUGGUUUAUCGGCACAGGCUAAAUAUCGCGGAGCUAACUAAGGCCGAGCACGACAUGUAUUUGAUGGGCGUGACAAUGGCCUGUCUGACGGAUCCCUAUCAAACUGCCCGUCACACGGAGCGACGUAGAUUACGCGCGCAGUACGUUUAUCAGGGGCGCAGGGUCUGCCUGGACGCUUUUCUGUACUUGGAGAACUGCACGCAUUAUCAGAUCAAGCGGAUCCGGAAGCAUCUGAUGACGCACGGCGUGACGCCGCGCGUGCACGGCAAUCACGGCAAGGUGCCGCACAACACGUUCUCGCUGGACAUAUACAAGAUCGCGACGGAGUUCCUGAAGAGCUUCAUCGAGGUGCAGGAGACGAAGCAGAAGACCAAGCUCGCCAAGAACGCGCCGUUGCACCUGCCGCCGGACGUCACGCGGAAAACGGUUCACGAUCUGUACACGCAGUACUGCAAGAAAGUGUCGCCCAACGUCAAGAACAUGGGCUACUCGACGUUUCGGCGCUUCAUGAAGGUGCAGUUCCCGCAGGUGAAGUUCGCCAAGCUCGAGUUCGUCGUGAGAAAUCAGAGCGCGCAGAAUCACUGCACGGCCGAGCCUGACGCGAGAGACGAUACGGGCCAACGGAAAUCGCCCAAGUCGGACCUGGAGGCGAAGGGUGGCGCGAUACUGCCGUUGGUGAUAACCGGCGAUCUAGGACAGAGCGAGACCUACGUGCUGACGCCUAUCAGAAAAUUGCAGGACUGCACCGUGAGUUAUCAGGUCACUACGCGCGGGCUGGUAGUUAACAGUCCUGCUAUCACCCUGUCGAAAACGAAAGCGGUGUAACGUGGAAGACUUGUGAAAACAAAAUGUGAAAAUAGUUUUGUACAGAAUAUAUGCAUGUGAUAUAUAUGUCUGCUCUGUGAGGCUCCAAUCCCUUCCGGGUCUUAAACUGAGAAUCCAGUAAUAUAUAUAAUAUGAGAAAUAUGUAUGAUAAUCCCUUAAUAUAUACGAAAUUAUAUAUACACAAGUAUAUAAAGAACGUAACUUAUGCCUGUAUUAAAUACAGUUUUGUUAAAAUAUAUCUCUUGUUAUAUAGCAUUUUAUUGAAGACAAGUAAAUAACGUUUUAUCAAAAACCUGCAUGUAACGAUAACUGCACGAAAUAUUCCUACGACCAAUAAAAAGCAUUUAGCCAAAUGUUUAUAGAUAAUAUAUCCACAGAUAAGACUUAUAUCGUAAUAGAAGCGACGCGAACGUUAAUUACAUUAUAUUUGUUAAAAAUAUAUAGUCUAUCUCAUUUCAUGUAAUAAAAAUUUUUUCUUUGAAACUA